AUGACUUAUCCCUCAAAAGUACAUAUUGCGAAGUAACAAAACUAAACUAUUCUUAUCUUUUUGUUUGGUAAACAAUGACUUCCGACACUCGCCCAGUAGGCAUCAAAAUGCAAUUUUUUAUCCUCUUAGUUCUACUUACUGUCAUUAUAAAACCCGUUAAACCUUCAGCUAUCACUUGCUAUAGCUGCGAUGGUUCCGAAGCUGACGGCUGUGUCUCCCCGAACUUUAUCUGGUACACUUACUUUUUAGGCCUCACGAAGAGCUGUGACACCAAGUGUUUUUCUUAUCGUAAAAAAGAUAAGGUGAUACGAGGCUGUACCAAAACAACCGCCGAACCGUCGGUGAUGAGUUUUGCCUUUAGAUUAUCAAACGAUAAACUGGUGCACGAAUGUGGUGAUCUUGAAUAUGAGAAAGUUUGUCAGAUGUGCGACGAGGACUAUUGUAACCAUUCUGAGUCACUUUUCUUUAAUAAUAAGAGUUGGUGUUUGAUUUUGUUAGUUUGUUUUGGAUAUUUUGUGUAAUUUAUUUUAUAAUUGUUCUUUUUUUUAAAAUAAAAAUAGCUGUUUUGUAUUAUA